GUUGAAGAAGACGCAGAGAUUCUGCUGUCCACUGAGGGAGAUACGAAGAGAGUGAGUGAGCUCGAUUGAACUGGCAAGCGAGAUCGGUCGAACAGUUUGAGCGAAGAUGGCAACCGCAGCUAUGGUGAGGGCCGGUGGGUUGCUGUCCCUUCAGCAAACUGCCACGAAGAAUGUGGUGCGCAGCUCGUUCGUGGGCUCCGCUGCCCCUCUGAGGUUCAGGUCUGCCUCCAGCUCCGUGAGCGUCCGCCCCAUGAGCAUUCGCGCAGGAGCCACCACCGAGGGCAAGUACCAAGUCGUCGAGCCCUUGAACGGAGACCCCUUCGUCGGAGGACUUGAGACCCCAGUGACCUCAUCGCCAUUGAUCGCGUGGUACCUGUCGAACCUGCCCGCCUACAGAACCGCCGUGUCGCCACUUCUGAGAGGUGUGGAGGUCGGUCUCGCUCACGGAUUCCUCCUCGUCGGGCCUUUCGUCAAGACCGGACCCCUCCGCAACACAGACAUUGCAGGACCCGCAGGAUCCUUCGCCGCUGCCGGUUUGGUCGUCAUCCUCUCGGUGUGCCUGACCAUGUACGGUAUCGCCCAGUUCAAGGAAGGAGCUGCCUCCAUCGCCCCGAGCUUGACCCUGAGCGGAAGGAAGAAGGAGGCCGACAAGCUCCAGACCGCCCAGGGAUGGGCUAGCUUCUCAGGAGGAUUCUUCUUCGGUGGCUUGUCCGGUGUCUACUGGGCUUACUUCCUCCUCUACGUCGUCAACCUGCCAUACUUCGUUAAGUAAGUUGAGACAGAUCUCUCUUGACGAGCAAGCUCGAAGUGCUGACGGGAUCCGUUGGCUUCUGAUGGUCCGUGAUCUCGAGGCCGUCCCUUGUACUGAUAAUUUCCUCUAAAUUGCACUUUGUACACAUGUUUUUUCCUGGGCUAGAGAUUCUCCUGGACGGUCAGGCGCUAGUGUUCUGUGAAUGUUGUAAGGGAUAUUCAAACGUCGUCUUUGAUGACAAAGGGGAGAAAACUUUCCUCUUAGCCUCCUGUUCAGCUGAUCCAGGACCCUAUUCGUCGAAUUUAACUUCAAUGUGCCUUGAUCUGAUUCGUACUCCAGUAAAUUGGCAACUAUCACUUGAGCAUAGUUUUAAACUG